AUGGCAUCCCAUAUUGUUGGAUACCCUCGAAUGGGUCCCAAGAGAGAGCUGAAGUUUGCUCUAGAGUCAUUCUGGGAUGGGAAGAGCAGUGCAGAGGAUUUGCAGAAGGUGGCUUCUGAUCUCAGAGCAUCCAUCUGGAAACAGAUGACUGAUGCUGGGAUCAAGUACAUCCCCAGCAACACUUUCUCAUACUAUGAUCAGGUGCUCGAUACCACCGCCAUGCUUGGCGCCGUUCCACCCAGAUACGGGUGGUCCGGCGGCGAGAUCGGCUUUGACACCUUCUUCUCCAUGGCAAGAGGAAACGCGUCUGUGCCAGCUAUGGAGAUGACCAAGUGGUUUGACACCAACUACCACUUUAUUGUCCCUGAAUUGGGACCUGACAUGAAUUUCACAUAUGCUUCCCACAAGGCAGUGAAUGAGUACAAGGAGGCCAAGGCGCUUGGAGUAGAUACAGUUCCAGUCCUCAUCGGCCCUGUAACAUACUUGGUGCUCUCAAAACCUGCUAAGGGUGUUGAUAAUUCCUUUUGUCUUCUUUCUCUCCUCCCAAAAGUCCUAGCUGUCUAUAAGGAAGUUGUGGCUGAUCUUAAGGCAGCUGGUGCUUCAUGGAUUCAAUUUGAUGAACCUAUCCUUGUUUUAGACCUUGACUCUCAAAAGUUGCAAGCAAUCUCUACAGCAUAUGCGGAACUUGAAUCUGCUUUAGCUGGCUUAAAGGUUCUUAUUGAGACCUACUUCGCUGACCUUCCUGCCGAGGCAUACCAGACCCUCACAUCGCUUAAUGGAGUCACAGCAUUCGGAUUUGAUCUAGUCCGUGGAACUAAGACUCUUGAUCUAAUCAAGGGUGGAUUUCCAAGUGGAAAAUACUUGUUUGCUGGAGUGGUUGAUGGAAGGAACAUUUGGGCUAAUAAUCUUGCUAAUUCACUAGAGACAUUAAAUAGUCUUGAGGCCAUCGUUGGCAAAGAUAAUCUUGUUGUGUCCACGUCCUGCUCUCUUCUUCACACUGCUGUUGACCUCGUUAAUGAGACCAAGUUGGAUAAUGAGAUCAAAUCAUGGCUAGCAUUUGCAGCCCAAAAAAUUGUUGAAGUAAAUGCAUUGGCCAAGGCAUUGGGUGGUCAAAAGGAUGAGGGCUUUUUCUCUUCUAAUGCUUCUGCUCAGGCUUCAAGAAAGUCCUCUCCAAGAGUGACCAAUGAGUCUGUUCAGAAGGCUGCUGCUGCAUUGAAGGGUUCUGAUCAUCGCCGCGCCACAAGUGUGAGCAAUAGAUUGGAUGCUCAAAAAAAGAAGCUCAACCUUCCAAUCCUCCCAACUACCACUAUUGGAUCCUUCCCUCAGACUGUUGAACUGAGGAGGGUGCGUCGUGAAUACAAGGCUGGAAAGAUCUCCGAGGAGGAGUAUGUUAAUGCAAUUAAAGAGGAAAUCCGCAAAGUUGUUGAACUCCAAGAGCAGCUUGAUAUUGAUGUCCUGGUACACGGGGAGCCUGAGAGGAAUGAUAUGGUCGAGUACUUUGGUGAGCAGUUAUCAGGCUUUGCCUUUACCGUUAAUGGGUGGGUGCAAUCUUAUGGAUCACGUUGUGUGAAGCCACCAAUUAUCUAUGGUGAUGUGAGUCGCCCCAAGGCAAUGACUGUCUUCUGGUCAUCCACUGCUCAGAGCAUGACUAAACGCCCAAUGAAGGGAAUGCUUACUGGCCCCGUCACUAUUCUCAACUGGUCCUUUGUUCGAAAUGACCAGCCUAGGUCUGAGACUACCUAUCAGAUUGCUUUGGCUAUCAAGGACGAAGUAGAAGAUCUUGAGAAGGCUGGUAUUACUGUUAUCCAAAUUGAUGAGGCUGCUUUGAGGGAGGGGUUACCAUUGAGAAAGUCAGAGCAAGCUAGCUACUUGGACUGGGCUGUUCAUUCCUUCAGGAUCACCAAUGUUGGUGUGCAGGAUACAACUCAGAUCCACACCCACAUGUGCUACUCUAACUUCAAUGACAUCAUCCACUCAAUUAUUGAUAUGGAUGCUGAUGUGAUCACCAUUGAGAACUCUCGCUCUGAUGAAAAGCUACUGUCAGUGUUCCGCGAAGGAGUUAAGUAUGGAGCUGGAAUUGGGCCUGGAGUGUACGACAUUCACUCCCCAAGAAUACCACCAACUGAAGAAAUUGCUGAUAGGAUCAACAAGAUGCUGGCAGUGCUUGAGCGAAACAUUUUGUGGGUCAACCCUGAUUGUGGGCUCAAGACCCGUAAGUACAAUGAGGUGAAUCCAGCCCUCACAAACAUGAUUGCUGCCACAAAACUCAUCCGAAACCAGCUUGCCAAGUGA